AUGUUGUCGUCGUGCUUUGGCCUACGGAAGAGUGAUCCUGACCCCGAGCGAGAGCCCCUGCUGCCCCAGUAUGAGCAGGACACCCACCUGCAGCGGGAGCUGUACCGCAAGCUUCACAGCUACCAGAUGCUGCGAGCCUUGACCAGAGGCUACAUGCCCACCACCGAGCAGGCUAUUGUCAACCUCCGCACGCUUCUUGCCAGCGACAUCCUGAACCCAGACAACCCAGACCUGUCGGACAGCGGUGUGAGAUUGGUGCGCCUCACCAAGCAGUGGCUGGAGCAGUUCAUUAUCCUGCUCAAGCACAAGAACGGCAAGGAUCAGCUUCAGGACCUCAUCUGGUUCUUGACCAAGAGCAGAAUCUCCGUCGAUGUCGACGAUAUCCGUUCGCGAGCCAAGAAGACCAAAGCCAAAGCGGACACCGUCGCCGCAUACAAGAGCCUCCAAACUGUCGGCUCCUUACUGUUCACCAAUGCCGACUUCCGUAAAUUCCUCGGCGAUCUCAAUGUUGUUGGUCGGGAAGUCUUCAAGGAUUCGGCCUUUGCCUUGAGCGAGGCUGCGGAGCAGGUUGGCAAGCAAAUCGAGCCGUCGCCAGAAGAGCAACAGCGCGUGGCCGAGCCAAAGGCGGCCAGCAACGGCCAGCCGCCGUCCGCACAAAACCUGGAGGAUGAGUUCCAGGAUGUCGCCACGGUGGUAGCUGGGCGUGGUGCCGAUGUGGCCGGCACCGCUUUCGAGAGUGCCAAGGAUAAACUCUCCGGCGAUGAAGGCCAGACACUUCUGAAGCGCCUCCAACAAGCGGUUCUCAACCUUCGAAAACGCAGGGACUAUUCGGACUCUGUGUCCACACUCUCGCUGCUGAUUAAGCGAUACGCUAUGGUCUACUCACGAGCUGCGGAGGAGGUUGCAGAGACUGCCCAAAGUGAUGUUCACGAGAAUGAGGAGAUGGAUCGUGCCAUCACAAACCUCUGGGGGUUCGUUAAAAGCUUUGGCGACACGAAGGCAUGGGAACGAUGCGAAGCACUCAUGAAGAAGGUCGUAAGCCACAAGGACAACGACCCCGAGUUUGAGGACCUUAUGCGGGAGGUUGGCAACAGCCUACAAAAGCUACUGACCGAUCCCGACUUCUUCACCAACGCCGAGCAGAAACUCCAAGAGUUGCGGGAGAAGGGCAAACGAGUCGGAUCUGAAGGCAAUCUCAGACAAGACGUCGACGAACUCUUGCAACAAUUAUCUGUCACCUUCCAGAGUGUUAUCAGAGAUGAGGACAUUCAUAACCUGAUUACAACAACUACUCGCCUCUUUGGCGUUCUAGGUCCACAGGAUGCAACCAUCAACACUGAUCUCCUUCAAGACGCGCUCAACGUCUUCAUUCCCGCCGUCAUCUCAGCCGUUCAGUACCUGCCCAUUCCACGUCUCGAGGUCAGCACACCAGCCAUCGACCUUUUGCUGGAAAACCUCAUCAUUGAACCCGGCGUGACGGUGAACCAAACAUCGUUCUUGCCCUACCGACUCAAGAUUGAGAACUACAACGAAGUGGAAAUCCGCAAGGCUCGAUUCCGAACAAGCACUGGCAUGAAGAACCUUAUGCUCAUCAAGAUCGACGGACUGUCAGCGCGUGCAGACGAGAUGGGUUUCUGGCUUCGUGCUCAUAGCGGUCUGUUCCGACUGGCAGACGAGGGCAUCGCGAGCUGGGCUCUUGACGAGCGCGGUAUCGACAUACACUUGGAGGUCGAGGUCUGUCGUGAACGCCUAGAGCAGAUCUUGACAUUGCGUGCUGUGCGAGUGCGUGUACACAAGCUCAACUACACACUUCGGAAGAGCAAGUUUUCGUGGCUAAGCUGGCUCAUCAAGCCUCUCCUUCGCCCGAUGCUCAAAGCGACCAUGGAAGUACAAAUGGCUGCAGCCAUCGGCGACCUCCUUCACGCGGCGAACCGCGAGUUGCUAUAUGCGAGAGAACGUCUGCGUGCGACGAGGAUUGCCAACCCCGAUGAUCUGUGGACAUUCCUCAAGGCGGUUGCAGCGCGGCUGGUGCCGGAGGAGGAUCCAGACCUGUAUACCAGAGUCGGUCUCACGCAGCCUGGCGAGGGUGUGUUCAAGAAUGUUUACGCCCCGGGCAGCAUCGUCAAGGUCUGGAACGAUGAGGCUGCCAGGGCUGAGUUGCGCAUCGAGGAGAGAGAAGUUGGAGGAUGGAAAAACGAGGUGUUCGAAACGCAUGUGCGAGCUAUGACUUGA